AUUACCAUUUGUUCCAUCUACCUACCACCUAGCUUAUCAAUGAACCGGAGAGAAUUGGAUGACCUUGUUGCCCAGCUUCCUUUUCCUUACAUUUUGUUAGGAGAUUUCAAUGGUCACCAUUCUUUCUGGGGUAGCUCCGAUGAUAAUACCAGAGGAAAAUUAAUAGCUGACUUCAUUUAUGACAAUGAUCUUUGCAUCUUUAAUGACGAAUCGCCUACGUAUUUCUGCUAA